UAUAACAGUGCAGUCACACKAACAUUACUCUAACUCCUCCCCCUCGAGCUGGCUGCCUAAUUCCUGUGAGGGGAUGCUCGGGUAAUGGCCCGGUGAAGUUGUUGGUUGCAGUCUGGGGGCAGAAAGUUUGGAUGUGAUAUCUCAGCUCCACUUGUGCUCUCGUGCAACCUGCUGGCUUCGCUACAGACCCUAAUCCGUGCAACUUCACAGCUGUGAUGAAGGAAGACGUGUCUCAGACAGCUUGAUAAAUCAGCAGGACUUAUGAAUAAAAACACACCACCCACAACGGGGACAGAGAGACACAGAACACACCCUUGCAUUCGGAGGUUCCUGUCCUGGUCUAAGAGUCAGAGCAUAAUGGCUGCUUUUAAAGGGAUCUGGACCAAGAAGUUCUGGAGGGCYGUGUCAGGAGAAUACCUGUCCACUGUCAUCUUUGUCCUCCUGAGUCUGGGCUCGACCAUCAACUGGGCAGCGGAGGAGGAGAAACCUCCCCCAGCUAACGUGGUCCUCAUCGCCCUGUGCUUCGGCCUCAGCAUUGCCACCAUGGUGCAGUGUUUCGGCCACAUCAGCGGCGGACACAUCAACCCGGCCGUCACUGUGGCCAUGGUCGUAACUAGAAAGCUGAGCCUGGCCAAAGCCCUGUUCUAUGUGCUGGCUCAGUGCCUGGGUGCGAUUACCGGAGCCGGGAUUCUCUACUUAGUGACGCCUGCUGCCGUUCGAGGAUCUCUGGGCGUGACAAUGGUGAACUCCAAGAUCACAUUGGGGCACGCCCUUCUUAUUGAGCUUCUCAUCACAUUUGAGCUGGUCUUCACCAUCUUUGCAACCUGUGAUUCCAAACGUGCAGACCUGGGCGGCUCUGCGAGCCUGGCCAUUGGCUUUGCUGUAGCCAUAGGUCACUUAUUUGCAAUUCCUUACACCGGAGCCAGCAUGAAUCCAGCUCGUUCCUUUGGGCCAGCGAUGGUCACACUCAGCUUUGAGAACCACUGGCUUUACUGGCUGGGUCCCAUUCUUGGAGGAGUCUUUGCUGCAGCUUUGUAUGAAUACCUGUACUGCCCUGACCCUGAGGUAAAGAAGAGGCUGAAACAAGUCUUUAAGAAGGAUCCAUCGGGGAGGUACAAAGAGGUGGAACCUGAAGAGCCUGUCAUCAAACCGGGCUCCAUUCAUCACAUCGAUCUGGAGAAAGCAGAAAAAAAAGAUCCUUUCCAGGAGUCAUCGGCAGAAGUACUGUCCUCUGUAUGACUAUCGCGCGCACUGGAAAUGGAGACCAAUUUGUAAGGAGGGACGGCAAUCAAAUAUUGAAGUAUCCAUCUUGAGCCUGUCCCCUCCAAACCAGAAUAUGAUUUCUUUUCAAAGACAGGGCGAGGCUGUGAUGCUUUCAUUAAAGCAGUUUUGGUGUUGUGGCUAAAUCGCACAAACGUCUGCAGCCCGGUCAAUAUUCGUCCCGAAGACCCUUCUAAAUUAUUUCAUGGCUGUGUUGUAAUGCCAUACACAUUUCACGCUGACAGCCAGAAAUACGUUGUGUUAAGCA